AUGGAAGAAACUCUUAAACAAUAUUUGAACGAGUACUAUAGAGGCUUUACAGGUUUCGAGUUGGAACAUAUAGAGGACUUCACAAAAUGUUUAAAAGAAUAUAAAAAAUUUAACUUAGAAGAAUACGAAAUUUCACACUUGGAUAAAGAUAUGAUAUUUCCGCCAGGCGACAUAAAAAUUGGUGUCCGAGAUGCAAGAACAACAAAAGGGAGCAAUAUAUACAAAGAUACUUUAAUGGAUAUCGCAAUCUUUACAAUGAAAAUGGGUGGCGAAAACGUUAAAAGAAUCUUGGAAACAAUCCUUCUAGAAAAUUCUCAAGCAGGCACGACAACGGAUAAAGAAGAAGGAACAUUAACGGAUAAAGAAGAAAAAGAAGAAAAUAAAAAAAAUUUUUUAAGACAUUAUCUAUUACUUUUUUAUAAAGACCUUAAAGGAUUUGAAGAAAAUCAUCUAGAUGAUUUUACAAACGCUACAAGAAGGAAUAGCAGAGUUAAUUUAGCAGAAUAUGAAUUAAAGUUUAUGGAAAGAGAUUUAAUAUUUCAACCAGGAGAAAUGGGAGAAGGCAUUAUAAAUGGAAAAAGAAAAACGGGUAACGAUAUUAUCAAAGAUAAUUUAAUGGAUUUCGCUACUUUUACAAUGAAAUUGGCUGCGGAUACCACCAAAAAAAUUUUGGAAAUAGUAUUCAAUACCCUUCAGUCCCGAAACAGAGAAAAAAAGGCCGCAGUAGAAGAAUUACAACAAAUCAGGAACGAAUCAAAUUCUAUGAGGGCUAAAUACAAUGAAUACAAAGAAAAGAUAGACAAUUUAGAAAAGGAAAAAAAGAUGGCUGAAGAACGAAUAAGAAAUUUAGAAAAUGACAUGCUAAAUUUAAAAAAUUCAGAGAAGAAAUCAUUAACGAGUGAGAUUUCCACAUCCAGUAAGCCGAAAAGUAAGACAAGAAGCCAUGAUCGACGCAGAAAAUCAAAAAAAAGAAAUCAUCUACACAAGACAUUAAAAAAGGGAAGAUCACCGAAAUUCCGGUUCAAACAACUUCCGAUGAUGAUUAUCGGAAAAAACAUUUUUCCGAAAGAUCACGUGACCUAA